AUUGCUGACGAUCAUCUGACUGUGACUAAUCAUCCGCAGGCCGCAGCCGCAGUCCCGCUGCCUUCCAUCUAUCUACCUCACGACCACAUGACGACAAUUCAAAGCCGAAGCCCGGGAUCCAGCGAUGCAGCGAGCGUAUAAGAGCGCGGUUGUACUCGGUGUCCCAGCUCACCACCGACCUCUCUCACACCCACCUCCACCAUGGCCGUCACCCCCUCCGCCGCGCGCUACAUCACCGGACACGACGCGUCUGGCAAGUCGGUGUUUCUGUACGAAGGCGCCAUCCCGACCUUCACGGCCGGCCUGGACGCCGUCACGCAGCAUGGGCUGCCGUGGUCUGCGGCCGACCCGCCCGACCUCGCCGACAACACGGACACGCAGUUGACCACGACGACGCAGAUCCACACGGGCGCCGGCAGCACUGCGCGCUUCCUCGUCGUGCCGCCCGGCAACACGGCGGUUAUGCACCGCACGGCAACGCUCGACUAUAUCAUCAUCCAGAAGGGCGAGAUCGUGCUCGAGCUCGACGAUGGGAGCGAGCGCGUGUGCCGUGAAGGCGACCUCGUUGUGCAGCGCGGAACCAACCACGCAUGGCACAAUCGUUCAGACAAGCCAUGCCAGUUCUACGCCAUUAUCCUGACUGCGCCGCUGCCCAAGAUCAACGGGAAGCAGCUCGAGGCGUCCCAUGCUUAGGCCCGCCGCUACGGAAGCAACAUGAAAUUGUAUCGAGUAGACGUGGCCGCGCGGGGCUCAAAAUAACCAGGAGAGUAGCGCUGCUGGGCUGCAUGGCUGACGGGCUGACCGGCGUUGACUGGCUUACUGCGCUCAAUGGCUGACUGGUUGACUGCCUGCCUGCCUGGAUGACGGCCUGACUUACAUGAUACACUACCAUCCCCUCGGUCCACUGAGUAUGCUGCACAGCUUCAUCACAUUCUCAAAGUAUGUAAGAC